AUGGGAGACGAUAAACCUGCUGGAGGAUAUGAUUCCACGAAAUUACCAUCAUCAUCCAAACCUACAUAUACAGUCAAGAUUACAUUUCACAAAGCCACGAAUCUUCCAGUAGCGGAUUUCGGAGAUGGAUCAGCCGAUCCAUUUAUCCUUGCUCAAGUGAAAACUUCACAUUCUACCCGACAUUCACAAGAUCCAUACUUGCGCUGGAGAAGUAAAACGAUACGAAAAAACCUUGAACCUGAAUGGGAAUCAUCAUGGACGAUAGCAGGUAUACCUUCAGAUGGAUUAUCUCUGUCUGCAAGAAUAUACGAUGAGGAUCCAUCCGAUCACGAUGACAGAUUAGGUAAAGUAGAACUGGAAACAGGUGAGAUAAACGAAAAUUGGGGCAAAGGCAUUAACAACAAAGAGUAUAAAGUCAAAAAAUCAGGCGCAGAUUUAAAAGCCUAUACAGCAAGAUGGUUAUGCUCAACAAUCGGAAAAUCAAAAUUACAUGCAAACCUUUUUUUGUCCAUUCAAGUCUUGGGUAAAACAGAUAAUAAUCUGGGAAAAGCUUAUACCGUUAAUAAUUUUUGGUGGAUACAUUACAGUCCUGUUAUCGGUAGGAUGACAGGUGUUAAAAGUGAAGAUAAAAAAGGUGUUGAGAAAUACAACUUCCAAGCGAACGAGAUCCAGCUCACCGGACCAGUCCCCAACGAGCUCUAUCAUCGAUUCGUCGAGUUCAAGACCUUUGUAGGGGGGAUGUUUGAAUCAACGGGAAUAAGAGGUAAAAUAUUGAAUAAAGCAUUACAUCAUCAACAUGAACGACUAUACAACUUUGAUAAACAAACUCAACAUGGUGAGAUCGAUGGACCGUCAAAAGAAUUUACAUUGAAAUUCUUGGAAAUGUGUGAUUUCGAUCAAGGUGGUAGAAUAUUCACAUAUGUUCUCACUUUAGAUGGGUUAUUGAGAUUCACUGAAACUGGAAAAGAAUUUGGAAUUGAUUUAUUGAGUAAACAUACCAUGCAUUCGGAUGUAAACAUCUAUAUCGCAUGGUCAGGUGAAUUCCUGAUUCGGAGACUUGCUCAUGCGGAUGAAUCACCAGAUGAUCCGGAUCAACAUACUCAUCCAGAUGAGAACCUUCCUGAUGGACCACCAAAUUCAGCUCCACCCAAAAACCCAGCUUUAUACGAAUUGAUCAUUGAUAACGACAGUGGUACUUAUCGACCCAACGCAGAUCUCAUACCAAUCUACACUAAAUUCCUCAAGAAGAAUUUCGAGGGAUUAAAGAUCAAAGUGAUGGCGUGUGACGACGAGAAGUUGAAGAAGAUAAAGGAGACUCAAAAGAAAGUCAAAGGUAAAGAAGGUGAUCAUGUCGUUUAUGGACAAGGAUCAAUCUCGUCAGAUGGUGGUUCUAUCAGUUCAUCAGAUGAAGAAGAUCUAGAAGAAAGAGCUAAUAAUGUCAAUGGCGAGAACGGUGAUGGUGUAGCAUCAGGUGUAACUGGUGAUCUUGAAAAAGGUUUCAACGCAAUCGAAAAUCCUAAAAACACAGUCAACAACACGGUAGAUAGAGUGAAAGAGAAGACCAAGAAGAACUGA